AUGGAACAUGUAAAUGAAGAGCUUAUCCACACAGACGCCAUCAGGGAUAUUGAGACGACUCAGAACCUCACCAGGACAAUCUUUGAACGCUUGGAGGAAUUGAGCAACAGGUCCAGAUAUGUUGCAAGGAGCUGUAAAGAGAUCAAGGACAGAUAUAAUGAGCAAGAAGAUGGGUUGUACUACCUGACCACUGCUAAUGGCAUGGUCUAUCAGACCUUCUGUGAUAUGACCACUGCGGGAGGCGGCUGGACGCUGGUGGCGAGCGUCCAUGAGAACAGUGUUUACGGAAGGUGCACAGUGGGCGAUCGCUGGUCCAGCCAGCAGGGCAACAAUGCUGAACUUCCAGAUGGAGACGGUAACUGGUCCAACAGAAACACCUUUGGAGCAGCAGAGGGCGCCACCUCGGAUGAUUUUAAGAAUCCAGGUUACUAUGAUAUAGUAGCAGCAGACAUGUCUGUGUGGCACGUUCCCAACAACUUCCCACUGGAGCACUGGAAGCUGGCAGCCAUCCUCCGCUACCACACUGAAAACCGCUUCCUCCGCCUGUAUGGAGGGAACCUCUUUCAGCUCUUUAUGCAAUAUCCAGUGAGAUACAACAUUGGAUCGUGCAGCAACAGAGGGCCAGCUGCUCCCAUUGUGUACGACCACGGAGACAGACAGUCAACCAGAAUGUUAUAUGGACCCAGGUCAAGAGGGGAGUUUGAAGCAGGUUUCAUCACAUUCAGAGCAAUAAAUCAUGAACGUGCAGCCAUGGCUAUCUGCUCCGGGGUCAAGCCGAUCACUGGAUGCAACACUGAACACUACUGUAUAGGAGGAGGUGGAUAUUUCCCCCCUGACCAGUGUGGGGACUUCCCAUCAUUUGACUGGGACAGACUGGGAAGGGAGCAAGGCUGGAGUGCUUCCAAAGAGAUGACUGAGUCUGCUGUUUUACUGUUCUACCGUUAA